AUUUGCUUCCGCUAAAUUACGUCAGCCACCUCAUCAAUCAUGCUCUGUGGAGGCCGGCGAGACAGACGUGGAGGAGACACUCGCUAUCAUUCAUACCCCUUUGUCUGCUGGCAACUUCGAAAGCAUGGACGAGCCACCUCACAGGGUAGCAGAUGCUUAUGAGGGAGCAGGAGAGAGCUCUGGUUAUCCGAAUGCUUCACCUCCACUCAGUACAGCUUUCCAACGGCAUCAUCAACCGACUCACACACCUACAGGUGAGGAUAUCGACCCCUUUUCGAGGCGACGUCCAGUCAACUCUGGAGCCGGCCCGAGUUCAAGGACUAUCCCAACUCGGCGAGACAUUCAAGGAGAGCUGAAUGACGAGAACUCCGUUUGGCUCUGCAUCGCCACGCCAUACAAUGACAUCGAGGGGUCACAGGGCCGCCGAGCCAGUCGAGUCGCUCGAGAUCGCCUUAUCGCUCAGAUCAAAGAUGAUAUUGCGUCUGGAAAUUGGGAUGGAAGCGUCUGGGAGCGAGAUAAGAUGAGGUUGGUAUGGCAAGGACGUAUUGUCAGAGAUGAGGAAAGCAUAGGCAGCGUCGUUGGCAAACCUCGAGAUCCUUCCCAACAUCAUACGCUUCAUCUUGUCGGCCGACGCAGACCGGGCUUAUCUCGUCGUCCGACCCCCUUGCCAAUACCAGAGCCUUCUCAGGAACCGCAGACUUCCGGACCUUCUUCCCCUAUCCAGCGCUCAACGCCCCAGAAUAGACAUUCAAGAGCAUUAGAAGACACCGUACAUUUCCUUCUCUUCCUCGCUCGUCGUCAUCUGUGCUUGUUCUUAGGACGCGAUCCUAUCAACUGGGAGGAUAUGAUUCCACCGCCUGUCGUCGAGGAGACAAUGGCGAGAAGCGCUAUCAUAUCCGUAGUCCGGGCGAUUGCCUUUGAGCAAGGGGAGAAUGUCUGGGUUGAAUGCCAAAAGGCUUUCGAGGAGGAUCAGGAGGCAACAUGGAAGAGCCUUGGACGCCGAGGUCUAGAAGAGGAAUUGAAGCUGAUGUGGAAAGCGAAUCUGGGUCGCGAGUGGCUUGAGGGUCCGAUUGGGGAGACUGUAUUCGUUGAAUUCGACGGGGCGACUCGAGAGCUUAAUCUCCCUCCAAUGGCAGCCAUGUCACCGCAACAGCUUUGCCACUUACUACAAUACCUCCGCAUCACAGCACUCCUGCCGUGCCUGAACCACCUUCUCGAGCAAUCAUCCAUCCCACCUCCUCCUGUGCCAACACCGACUAUCCGAAUCCAAGUUCCUACUGAAAGUCAAGGCGAGAGGGAGAUUCUCCGUCUCCACAUCCGUUUUCAUAUGCCCUCCAUCUCCUUGUCCCUCUUAUCGCACGCUGCUUUCUCCGCCAUCAAGAUCAGCGCAAUGCUCUACAUGAUGUGCGCAAGUAUGAAGCGGACAGAUAUGCGAUUAUGGAUUAUUGUUGGCGCCGCCGUAGGUUGGUGGAUCGCCGAUGUCUGGUAUGAGCUCCGUCAGGAACAAGCGAGACGACCUCGGCCACCGCUAGCGCAACCUCAGGCAGGUGUCGACGGAGCGCAGCAGGCACAACCCAAUGCUCCUGCAGAUCCGGGAGCGCCGCCGAAUGUGCGCGCGCAGGCAGAUGCGCCUAGAAAUUGGCAAGCCGUUCCUGGUCGUGUGCGACAACAACGAGACCAGACGCCGUUGAGCGUCAUCUCCCAGAGCAUCCCCCUGCUUCACUUGAAUACGGAUGCGGAACAGCUUCAUCUCAAUGGACAACCAUACCGGACCCCUCUGGCCAGGCCGUGGCGAAUCGUAACGCAGCUCUUGCUCCCUAUAGCGUUGUGGUUCAUCACAUUGAUACCUGAGUGGGAGGCUAUUCGAGCGCGUGCGAUUCGGAGACGAGAACGAUCAAUGCGGGUUCUCGUGGGCGAGAUGUCUGCUGCGCCGUCACCUGUUCAAGAGACAAUUCCUCUUCCCGAGGAGGAGACAGAAGACUUAUCCGAGGAGGCCCAGGGGUCGGAGGAACAUACUCAAGCUGAGAACAUUGAUCAACCUACGACCGAAUCGCGGCCCACCAUCAGGGUCUACCCUAUCGGACUGAACGCAGUAGCCAAGCGGUACUACGAGAGAGUCAUGGAACGCGGAGAAGGCAUCGACUGGGAAGAAGAGCGAGAAGCACAACGAGCGAUGGGCAUCGGAGAGGAAGAGGAGCGAGAAGGCGGUGGGAUGAGGAUGGGUAUGUUGUAAAUAUCUACAUGACAAAAUGGUUG